GGGCUGGUAUUGACAAGAACGGUGGAAGCUUUGAUGGGGGAGAGGCUAAUUUUUGGAAUUAAUUCCUAUUUUGCAUUUUAUUCUCAAGGCCCUGAGUCAUUCUAUAGUUUUGGUAGCAGUCACCUAAAAGCAUCAUUCGAGGAAGUUAUUGUUUUCAUACUUGAUCGUGGCAAUUAUGUGGGGAAUGGUAGCUUGCAAGAGCUUGUACAGUAUCAGUGGCCACUUAAGCAUGUGAUGUGCAGAAUGACAGAACAGUCAAUUGGAUUAGUCAAGCGCUUUAGUAGCUUCCAUAACUGGUGCAAAAAUUUUGGCAUGUCAUAUGCUUCUUGGGGCUUCCUUAAUGAGACCUUGUCCAGUGGAUACUCUUUGCAAAUGGGUGAAGUUAAUUGCAUCUUACUGAAUUGUUCUUACUUGGUCGUGUUUAUAUGGUGGCUAGAAGGUAAGAUUUUCCACAACGAUAUUCAACUCUUACCUGGGGACAGUUCUAGUAUGUUAGCGCAUGGGCAUGUGGAAGAUUUGUCUUGGGUUAUGCCUAUUGAAUCUCUUGAAGUUAUGUGUUGGACUCAAGAGGAAACUCUCAAUUUUCAAAUUAUAGCCUUGAUGCAGAAAUUCAAUGAAAGUUUUGGGAAAACUCAAAUCUCAGGCAAGAAGCUGGAUUUCCUCACUCUACUGACUAUUGUUGUACGCACUGAGCUUCCCGCUAUUUCUUCACAAAUGACUACAGCUGUUCCACAUGGAAAAAUGGUGGAUAGAGGUAGGACAGCAAAAUUAAAAAGUGUUCCAAUGCAGCUAUUUUCCACUUUUCCUAAUGAGACUUAUGUUGAAUAUUUGAAACUGGAUGUGGCUCAUGGAAACUGGUUCAUGGACUUUGAAGAACCUAAAGCUGCUCAAAUUGGGCAAUCUGUUUACAAGGCUACUGUGGGUGAUUUAACAACAACUACAAUGGAACAGAACAAAGCAAAAGGAGAACAUCUGGAGCAGUUAGAAGUGCUGUUCCCAGACCCAGGGAACCAUUUCUAGGAGCUUCUCUCUAGGGUUUCCUACUUGUGAUCAUGAGGUAAUACCUUCAGGUGGUUUUCACUAUCUUCCUACUCUGGUCCUUUGCAGUUUGCAGUAGGUUUCCAAUUUAUUUUCUGUUCGUUGUGUAGAAAUUAAGGUUGGUAGUGUUU